AUGCUGAAUACCGAGCAACCAUUUCGCUUAAACUGGGCAGCCUUUAGCACUGGUGAUAGGCGACCUAAUACUGGUGGUAAUGGUGUGAUGUUGGUUCUGAUCGUAUCAAUAUUCGUCGGAGAUUUGCUUCUGAUGACUGAUGGCAAUGUUGAACCGACACAUUUGCUAGUGAUAUCAUCUGCUUUGUCGAAAGUAUUGAGGGCAGACGAGCUAUAUUACCUCGAGAAACAAUUUGGAUUGCUGAGUCCAGAUGCAAAUGCAGGCAUAACUUUAGAGACCAUAAAAAUGGCGUUGAUGAAAAGCGCAACAGAUGCGAUGAAGGAAUCCCGGAUCCUGGAUUUCCUCGAUCCGCUAAACACGCUCGGGUAUAGAAAGAUGCAUCGUGACGAGUUCUGUGCAGCUGCAUUAAGUGUCCACCAGAUGGAGAUAGUCGAUGGCUGGGAAGAACGAGCGCGAUCUGCAUAUGCUAUAUUUGAGAGGGAUGGAAACAGAGCUAUCCUAAUUCAAGAACUAGCAUCAGAACUCGGGCUUAGCCCUACAGUACCAAUCCAUGCAGUUCUGCAAGAGCAUAUAAGACACAGUGAUGGGAAGCUCACCUUGCAAGGUUUCCUUAGACUAUUGCACACCCUGCAGCCAUGCUCGCCUGCAAAAGACACCGUAAGAGCUACAAUAGAGUUUCGGAUAACUAUGGGCAUUCAAAAUCUACCAUUUGGUUAA